CAGAAGAUCCGACACCCGAAAAAAAAGGCAAAACCGAAGGAAAAAUAACUUUUUAGCAGCAGCUAGCACAGCUCCUUGUCAUCGUCGUUCGCGUUUUUCCUCCACACACACAGCAGGCCAAGCAAUAAGAAGAGCUCGGUGCGUUCUUUUGGCAGGGCUCCGGAUUUUUCCCCGUGCGAAAUCGAAAGAAAGCUCAAGAAAAGCGAGAAUCAGAAAUUCUGCGGUUUUGGUCCAGUCAGCAAGAGACUUCUCGUUUCAGGAGGUUCCUCUCGUAACAAGCAAAACGGCAGUGGAAAAACAUUAAGAGAAAAACGGUAUCCGAGGUGUCAGUAAGAGGACAAUCCUUGGUCCUUUCGGGAGCAAAAUUCGCGAAAAGAGGAAUCUCAAACUUUCGUCCCAGUUCGGAAUUUCGACGCGUUUUUUGUGAAUCUCGUGGUGAAUAAGGUUUGAUACCUAUAAAAAGUAGCAAUCGACGGAAGUUUAGUGCCCCUUAAAAUAGAAGCGGAUUGUGCAAAGAGAGCGUGGAAAGGCCUUUAUCAAAACAGAUUUGCCUAUAGAAGAAAAUAGUGUGAUUGGCAAGUGCAAAUUCCCCCCUGCCUGUGAAACCAGUUCGGGAUUCCACUUCCAAGUUCCAAUCGGAUUCCCAGUCGUGUCGUGAUUAUUGGAUUCUGUGUGUUUUCGCGUCAGUGAGAAGAAGCAGAGUGCAGAGAACGAAACCUCCUUCGAAGGACUCCCCCGCAAAGGACUCCCACGUCACACCGCUGGAUUGUCCCGGGUCCAAGACGCGUUGCACCGGUAGUCUGCUGUAAAGUCCCUUCACUUCUUUUUUAAUUAGGACGCUCCAAGGAUCCGAACAAGAAAAUAAAAGGGAAAAAGUCGCCAAUCCAGGAGAGCGUAGUUUUCCCCCCUCACACGUACCUGCCUCACAUAGGAGCGCGCACACCUACCGGCAAGCAUCCAGUCUUUAGGGUGUAAGAUCCACCCAUCACCCACCACCACCCACCCGUUUAGGGUUCUCUCCCCUCGGGUAGCGUGGCAUAGGUAAUAAAAAGGUUUAUUGUUACUCGCACAUACCGAUCCAGGAAAAAGUCAACAAGUGUAGUGCCCCCUUCCGCCCCGCCCAAACAGCAGACGAAUCGACGACACACAACACAGCCUCAGCAACAGCAGCAGCAGCAACACAAUGGGAAAGCAGAAUAGCAAACUGAAGCCCGAGGUGCUGGAGGAUUUGAAGCAGAACACAGAAUUUUCAGAUGCAGAGAUACAAGAAUGGUACAAAGGUUUCCUGAAAGACUGCCCCAGUGGCCACUUAUCGGUGGAGGAAUUCAAGAAAAUUUACGGCAACUUCUUCCCGUACGGAGAUGCGAGCAAGUUUGCUGAACAUGUGUUCCGAACGUUUGACGCCAACGGAGACGGCACGAUCGACUUCCGGGAGUUCCUGUGUGCCCUCAGCGUCACCUCCCGAGGCAAACUGGAACAGAAGCUGAAAUGGGCCUUCUCGAUGUACGAUCUGGAUGGUAACGGGUACAUUUCCCGGCAGGAGAUGCUCGAAAUUGUCACCGCAAUCUACAAGAUGGUCGGCUCGGUGAUGAAAAUGCCAGAAGACGAAAGCACACCGGAGAAGCGAACGGACAAAAUCUUCCGCCAGAUGGACCGCAACAAGGACGGCAAGCUGAGUCUGGAGGAGUUCAUCGAGGGUGCGAAAAGUGAUCCGUCGAUCGUGCGGCUGUUGCAAUGUGAUCCGCAGGCGCAGUGAGCAAUUCCAAAUCUAACACAACCUCCAUCACCAUCAACACCACAACAACCACCACCGCCAUCACAACAGACACAAACACUACAACAGCAAACACACGUUCGGUGUCGGCGUCGCGGCGGCUGUCGCUGGCGUCGACUUCGAGCCACUGAUGCAACUACUUCUAUCACUACUACUAUUACAACAGAACAAAUAACAGCAGCAAAUGCGUCUAAUGCUAGUAAUGCUAGUGAUGAAGAAGAGGAGGAAGAAGAAGAGGAAGUGGAAGUAGAAAACGAAGAAGAGUAUGAUUGGCUAAUAAUCGAUAAGUCGAAAGCGAGUUCGAGCCGCCGCCGCCGCGUUAGCAAACUGAGACAGAUUUUGCAACACGCUAAUAGUAACUCUGAUAACAAAAAACCUAAUAAUUAUAAAAUUUUACUAUUAUAUAACAAUAUUUAUUGCAAAUCACAGUUUAUAAUUUACAAAUUGAGAAAAAUGAUGAAAAAUGUUAAAAAACAAUACAGAUAAGUAUCACAAAACUUUAAACACAAACAAGUAUAAACUUAUAGUAAACAAGUAAAACAAAUGAAAAAAACUUUACAGUAAGCCUAAAUCGUUGAAUCAGCUGCAGAUCAUUAUUUUCUAGAUAUACAAAACAAGAGCGCGAGUUUAUAUGUAAAUAUUUUUUAAAUUGACAUUUCUUUUCAUCGCUUUUCAGUGUUCUCUCCUCCCCUUCUGUUCCAUUACGAAAACAUGUCAUAAUUAUAAGUCACGCCUCAUCCUCCUCCUUCACCCCCCUUCACGUAAACUGUUCAUGCGUUAUUAGUAAGUUGUAGUGUGUUGUCCAUACUGAAAAAAAACAUGGUAGUGUUGUUAGGCGCACUGUUAUCGAUUUCGAGUUUCUAUCUUAAGUUUGUAAAAAUCCUUCGAGCAAAACAAAAUAACGAAUCGCUUCCUAAUGAAA